AUGGAGGAGAAAAGAUGUGCGGUUAUCACCGGUGGAAACAAAGGGAUUGGAUUCGAAAUAUGUCGUCAACUAGCACUGGAAGGGGUUAAAAUAAUACUGACGGCUAGAAACGAGAGCCGUGGACUGAAAGCUGUCGAAAAACUCAACGCUUCUGGUAUAUCAGAUGUCAUUUUUCAUCAACUUGAUAUUAACGAUCCAACUAGCAUAGCAUGUUUGGUUGAAUUCAUUGAAACCAGAUUCAGAAAACUCGAUAUCUUGAUCAACAAUGCAGCAGAAAUUGGAAUUGUUGUGCAUGAAAACGAAUUUAGAGCUGGAGGAGGGUUUAUACAAAUGAUCGAUGAGAAUGUACACCUUCUAACCAACGUAGUUGAGGAACCUUAUGAACUAGGAGAACAGUGUUUGAACACAAAUUAUUAUGCAACCAAAAGAAUUACAGAGGCGUUUAUUCCACUUCUCCAGCUCUCUAAAUCACCAAGGAUUGUGAAUGUUACAUCCAUAUAUGGAAAUCUACAUUGGUUUCACAAUGAAAAGUUGAAAAAAGAGUUGGAGGAUAUCGAGAACUUAACUGAAGGAAGGAUAGACGAGAUUAUUCAAUGGUUUUUGAGGGACUUCAAGGCUGCUAAGUUGCGGGAGAACGGAUGGCCUUUAACAAGCUCUGCUUAUAAAGUUUCGAAAGCUGCUCUUAAUGCUUAUACAAGGCUAAUGGCGAAAAAGUUCCAAAAUAUUCGUAUCAACUGUGUACAUCCUGGUUAUUGUGCAACAGAUAUGACAUCAGAUACCGGAUUUCUAACUGCAGAAGAAGGUGCUAAAGGUCCAGUGAUGGUUGCUUUGUUACCUGAUGACGGGCCUUCCGGUGUUUUCUUCAAUAAAACGCAAAUAGGUUCAUUUUCGUCAGUCGAUCUUAAUAAAUUGUAAUCGUUGUUUUUAUUUUUAUGGGUUUGUUUUCUUGAAUUUGAACUAGAGUUUGAGGAACAUGGUUCCUAGCAAACGUAGUGGUAAAUCCUAUUAAUAACUUGUAUGUUCCAUUCCAAAAGAAAAUAAAAUCCCGAACCAUUUAUAGU